AUGUAUGCUGCUCUUCUCUUUAAUCAAGCCAAUUCGGAUGUGUUGGAUGAAGAUGAUUUGGUCUUUGAAGAUGACCAUAUGUUGGGUGCUCCUGAUGUGAAUGAGAACACAAUGCAAAACGUUACACUGAAAGAAAUUCUGCGAAAUCUUUCCGAAACACUGACAUAUGACAAAAUCUCCAAGUUCAACAUUAGCAGAAAUCACAUUUGGAAGGGAACGAAAAGAGCACUCAACAGAAAAUCAUUUCAACCGCGCAAUAAAAUAUCUGUAAAAUUUACAGAUAAUAUUGGUGCAUCAGAGGGCGCAGUUGACCUUGAUGGCCCUGCAAGGGAAUUCUUCACAUUAGUUACAAAAUGGUUGGUAAAUUCGCAGCUAUUUUUUGGUGUGGAAACCUCAAAGUUCUUAUCCUUGAAUGCCAAUUGUUUGGAAGAAAGAGAGUAUUACCUAGCAGGACAAAUAUUUGCUAUGUCAUUGGUUCAUGUUGGCCCAGGUCCCAAAUGCUUUGCAGAGUCAUGUUAUUAUGCCAUUGUGAAAGAAACUGCAACCCAAAACUUUCAUGCUGAUGUGAAUGAUGUCCCUGACUAUGAACUGAGAUCAUCAUUUGGUCGAUUGCUAAAAGCUUCUGAUGCUAAAGAGGCCACACAGAUAAUCAAUAAUGAAAAGCUCGAUGUUCUUCUUGAUAUGGCUGGUACAUUCCAAGUGGUUAAAACAGCUGACAUUCAGAAUAUGGUUCAGAAAACGGUCGAUUGGUAUGUUUUGGGCAGAGUUCAGGCAGCUUACAACAGUUUCAGAGAGGGUCUACAAGCGUUAGGAGUAUUAGAAGCCAUGAGGUAUCACCCCGGUGUCUUUCGUGAGGCCUUCUGCUACACACCAGAGAUCCUGACUGCAAGUAGUUUUGAAGCGCUGUUUGCAAACGUGGUGCGUCAAUGCGAGGGUUCCAACAGAAGAUUGGUUGAAAACCUAGUCCUUUCCCAUUGGCACGACUUCUUGCAAGACUUCCUGCGUGCCUAG